AUGUUGUUGUUUCGUGUGUUGUGUUUUCUGACAUUGCUGUGUGUUGCGUCUCUAUGUUCCUCAGCGGACACGAUAUCCUCUAUUACCGAAACUCCUGCUGCUUGCAAUGAGGGUUCUGAAGGUGCUGCUGGUAAAUGUAAUAAUCUCUCUACUGCUGUGAGUGUAGAACCACAACAACCACUUCGUCCUGCUGAUUCUGAAUCUGGUGACGACCCUUGCAAAACUGUUUCUGGUGGUCCUACUAAAGCUUCCUGUCCUACUACGCCGACAAUUGCUGGACCUCAUGGAGUUGCUGGUAGUGGUACCAUGAAUACUUCCCAAGUGUCUGACCCUGGUGAUGGUCUUGCGGGGAGUGAAAAACAGCAGCAGUUGGAACGUGAGAAACAGCAACCAGGUGAUGCUGUUUCAGAACCCCCUGGUACUUUAACUGGUGUAAACCAAGUGGGGAGUCAACCCGUUCUGUCAGUGCCAGGAAGUAAAGAUGGAAGGCAGGAAAAUGAGAUGAAUGGCGAUCCGGGGGUGAGUGCUGAAGGAUCACCAACACCAGGUCAAGUGAUCAGUGGAGAGACUGAACAGAAUAACAGAACUCAACAGCCCGGAGGAAAUGGUUCACAGUCCUCAGAUUCUUCAGGUGUAUCUAAUACAGAUACAAGAGAUUCUCAGAGCACCCACAGCGGUACAACAGAACAACCUCAAUCUUCGGACAACAACCAAACUUCUCAAGAACAGAAUGGUGAAGCUGAGAAUGCUAAUGGUGCUGCGAAACCCGCAGAGGAUGAGCCAACGAAGGACACUGAAAGUACAACCAAUAAUGAGGAAUCAACCACUACCACCACAACAACAACAACACUUCCUCUUGAACUCACAAACAACAAGAAGAAGAGUGAUGCAGACAGCAGCAGCAGUAUCAGCAGUUCUCUGUGGGUGCGUGUACCACUACUGAUUGUGGUUACACUGGCCUGUAUUCUUGUAUGCUGA